CUGCUAGAGGUGACUCCGUUCCUAUCAGGAUGACCUUCAUCAAGUUUUUCCUCUGUGCGCUAGUGGUGUCGGUUGGUUGGGCUAAUGACUGUGACGUGCCAAUCGGAGUUCGGAAUUAUGCCAAAUAUUCCGCAGUCACUCAAAGUUCCACGUACAACGCACAAGGAUUCAAGGCGGGCCCAGAACUCGCCGUAGAUGGAAAUGACGACAACCAGUUCAUGAAGCGUUCCUGCUCGCACACCAAUAACGACCACGAGCCCUGGCUGAAUAUAAACAUGAAGGAGAAGAUUCCUGUUGGCGCCGUUGUUAUUACAAACAGACAAGACUGCUGCCGCGACCGCCUCAGGGGGGCUCAGGUUCUUGUCGGUGACUCUCCAUACAAGAACAAUACAGUGUGCGGAGUCAUCACAGAUAUCUCAAAGCCGAUCAUCACAAUGUGCUGCAAUGGAAUGCUCGGCGAACAUGUUACCAUUCGCAUUCGUGACCGCAAGGAAUAUCUACACGUGUGUGAAGUUCAGAUUUUCAAGCACAAUGAAGCACCUGACGUGAAAGCAGAUGAAGUCGCUGAGCAAUAGGUUUAGUAAGAUUUACGUGGGUGUGGAUUAAUAGAUUUACACUGUCUAGAUAGACAGUCAAUAGGUCAACCCUAUUUGGUCGACAUGCAAUGGUUUCUCAGAGACAAACGUUCGACAGGUAACUGGUCAACUGUGUCUAAGAAUGACAGGUACUAAAAGUCAACAAGGUUAAAGGGUUGACAAGUUUUUGGAGUUUAUAGACACAGUCAACUUUUUACCUGUCAACCUUUUGUUCUUGUUGACCAUAAGGUGUCGACAUAUUGACUGUAUACUUAGACACUGUUGACAUAUACAUUGGAACCCUACAUGUGUAUUAAUAAGUAUCAUACAUUGUAUCACAUAAAAAUACAACAUUAAAGCUAUCGCAUUGAA